GUUUCGGAAACCGGAAGAGGCGGGUUGUGUUUCUACACGAGCACAGUUGAGUGAAGCAGACAUUAAACAAAGUUUGAGCUGCUGUUGAAAUAAAUCGCCUGCUGGCUGAGCGCGGAGGGGAAAUGUCCGAACUAAGUGAUGAGGCCAGUGAGUCGGAGCAGCUGGGGGCCAGCCUCUCCCUCUGGCUGGGGGAGUCCCUGCUGCGACCCGAGGAACUGGACGUCCCUCUGGACCUCCACACAGCCUGCUCCAUCGGCCAGUAUGACGUGGUUGCAGAGAACAUUAAAAAGCGUGAGGUGGACCUGGAUGGGAAGAACAUCGGAGGAUGGACCCCGCUUAUGUAUGCCGCUUACAUUGGUCAUGACAACAUUGCAAAUCUGCUGCUGGAGGCUGGAGUGAAUGUGAAUGCAACCACACCCAAAGGUCUCACCCCGCUGAUGCUGGCAGCAAGCUGUGGAAAUGAAAGUAUAGCCUACUUCCUGCUGCAGCAAGGAGCAGAGCUGGAGCUUAGGGAUUCUAGAGGCUGGACCGCUCUGUUUCACUGCACCAGCACAGGCCAUCAACAGAUGGUUAGGUUCCUGCUUGAUAACAACGCCGAUGCUAACGUCAGGGAGCCUGGGUCCGGUUUCACUCCUCUGAUGGAGGCUGCUGCUUCUGGACAUGAAAUCAUUGUUCAGUACCUGCUUGAUCAUAAGGUAAAGGUCAGCGAGCGCGAUGCUAAAGGAGAGACGGCUCGCGCCCUCGCCAUGAUGUACGGCUACAUGAAGAUCGUCAGCCUCAUUGACGCACGUUCUCCACAAAUAAAACCAGGACACUAUGAAGACCUGAGCUCCUCGGAGGACUCGGACAGCUCGCCACCGAGGAUCCGGCCCAGUCGAAGCCGAGUUAAAGGCGUCAGCAUCCACGAUGGGCCUCAGGCCAUUGCCAAGUUCCGAGUUGGAGGCAAAAGCAAACAGUGUGAGUCUCCUGCUGUGCUGCCAGGAUACACAACGUAUCCUGAUGCUGGUGAGCAGAGUGAGAACAUCUGCUACCGGGACGUGACGUCACCAAUCAACGAGCUGGACGGUCAGAGCCACAGCAGCAGAGAUGACAGCCCGUUCUUUGAGAGCGACAUGCCCACCAUGAGGAGCAGCAGUAGCAGCAGCGAAGGCCUUCCUCAUGUGAUCGGACUCAACUGGGAAGGAUCUGUGGAGAGCAACGAGGACUCCGACCAGUGCCAGAAGAGCAGCUCUCGUCGGCUGAAUAAGGGUCAUCACUCUAAAGGCAAGACGCGGCAUGGAAACAACGAAGCAGCUCUCUCCAGCAGGAAGGGAAACUGUGGCAAACACACACACGGUGGUCCUCCACCUUCAUACACGGGUCCAAAGGAUCUGGCAGAAUUCCUGGAGCAAAUUGGUUUCUCUAAAUACCUCCCGUUACUGGAAGAACAAGACAUCGACUUGCGGAUAUUUCUCACACUGACAGAGAAUGAUCUGAAGGAAAUAGGUAUCAGCUUGUUUGGUCCCAAACGUAAGAUGACCUCAGCUAUUGCAAGAUGGCACAGCAGCGCUCUGCCACCCAGCAAUGCUCUGGAACAAGCCUACGCCGACCAGCUGGAAGCUGAGAUGCAGGAAAUGGCCAUCCAGCUCCACAAGCGCUGCGAGGAAAUAGAGAGCCUGGAGAGUCAGGUGUCUCAGGAGAAGGAGCUGAGGACGGUGAUGGAGGGAUGCCUGAUGGAGGACAAAAUGGCUUGGAAGAAGGUCCACUCUGAGCUGGUUGAGAACCACAGGCUGGCCCAGGACAUGAGCGCCACACUGACGAAGGAGAGGGGCUGUCGGGCCGAACUGUUGUCCUGCUUCAUGACAGAUGGGAAAAGCGGUUCUUACCCAGGCCUGGGAGAUAAAGAGGGGUUCAGAUGUUCCACUAUGGUGGAGCUUAUGAAGAAGCUGGAGUCCUAUCAAGAUAAAAUGGCAGAGACUCUGGAAACCCUGCUUCAGAGUCUGAGGCGGCUGAGUGCUCCUGAAAAAGUCUCAGACAGCUGGGAAAACCCCUAGCCUUUCCUUCAAUGAGGUUACUGCAAAUAUUUGACGGAGGGUGAUCCAACCACCCUGAACAAUCUCUCUGAAGCAAGAAGGCCAGAAGGAAAGGUCAGCCCUGCUGGAGGAAAGCGCCACAGCGACUUGAGCAGACUUGUUGCUCUCCUGUGAUUGGCUGAAGGACCUGAGCUCGCCAGGUGUGGGCAGGAGCAACACCGCUGCUGCAGAGAUGACGAGCAGACAUGAAGGGUUCAUGACCCUCACACAAUGUGUUGGUGUGUGUUGAACUCCUGUGGUUACGAAGAAGAAAAGGAGGAGGACGGGGGAGAGAUGAUGGGUCAAGGGCUGUAAUAUUGGGACGUAAUCCUACCGGUGUCCUCAGAUGGAAACGGAGAACGGAAAAUGCGUCCUGGAGAGCUACUCCUAAAAUGCAAUUUCAAGUGUCUUCAUAGUUUGAAUGAAUUUCCUGCUGAUGCUAAAUGAAUUUUUCAAUUAAUGUUUAUCAAAUUAACGCAAUUUGAGUUUUUUUCUUUACCUAAAACUCAAAUUUCUGAUCAGAUUCCCAGUGGCGCCCCCUUGUGGUUUGUGAAUAUUUUAAUGUGAACCGUUUCUAGGUUUUUUAAAAUGCCGCUCUGCAUGUUUAUAAUUGAAAUUAAAUCUUUUUCAGUUGAAGCUUCAA